AUGAAUCCAUGGCUGCUUUGGAGCGCGUUGUCGCACACUGCUAGGUUAUCGACAGCUCUGCAGAUCUUGCUUUUCUUGCCAUUGACGCUAGCGACCCUUUCAACGCAAGCCUUCCUCUUGCUUUCACUUCUGCUCUCGAUCCACUCUCUCAUUCAUGGAACUCUCAUAUUACUCUGGGGAUCCAACGCGCUCUCCAUCAUGCAGGUGCCAAUGCACCCCUUCCUUCUUCUCGUCACUUUCAAUGCCUUCUCGCAGUCUGCACAGCCCUGGCUUGCCACUGCAGUCUAUUGGUGGGGAAAGCUCCUCACAUUUUGCGGCCCUUCCUACGUGGCCAUGGAGGGUCUAUCUAGUCUAUUGUUCGCGCAGAAAGCGGGCCAAAUAGGCAGAGGCAUUGCGGAUGAGGCAGAAAGUUACCAGUUCGUAAUUCUCAUCGUAACAGCAGCUGCAUUCGUUGCGGCUGCGUGGUGGGUCGUCAUUGCAUACCCCGCAGCUGCCGCAUCUCCUUUGUCGUCCACAUUGUUGGGUGUAGCAUUAACAGCAUUCCUAUUCCUCGUUCUCAUCGGUUUUCGGUUACGACGCACCAAUGUUGUCGAGGCCUCUCUCCUCGCACUCUUCCUUGCAUAUAACGUGUGGCUCUGCGGGUUUGAUCAAACAUCGUUCUCGGACCCUGCUUCCUCCUAUGCCCCUCUGCUUUCAAAUAUCCUUCCACAUUUACAGACACUUGUGAACUUCAUCACGAAUACCCUCCCUAAGCCUGUGCUCGUUGCGCUACUCUAUCGUCUUUCAAUAUUGCAAGUUGCAUCACGUAUUUUACCUACGAUCGGUGCUGACAACUGGGAAUCGGACCAAGGAGAGAUUGAUGGACGGCCGACCUCGAUUAUGACACGCAUCCUUCUAACAUAUAGACAACUAAUCUUUGUCAUGGUAUACUCGCACCUUCUUCUUCUAGAUCCCUCUUCACAAGUCUGGUGGCGAUGGGCGAAUAUCAUGUUUACUCUGUUCCUGUGGGCUGUGGAACUGGUGGUCAGCCCUGAUGGGGACGAUGAUUCGGCAAAGUGGAAGAUCGAUUAG